AUGUGCCGGAGGAGCUGCUGGCCCGCUCUGGCUGCUGCGCGCCCUUCGAGGGCCAGGCGCCGCUGCGGCGGCUGGUCUCGCACGAGGCGCGGUUGGGGCCGCUGCUGGAGGCGCUGCUGGGCACCGCGUCGCCGUGCUGCGCCGGCGCCGACGAGCAGCUGCCCUCUGCCCGUCGACUGGGCCGCCGGCGGGGAUCAGGUGCGCUGGCAGGGGCUGCGCCUCGACGGCUCGCCGGGCGCUGGCGGCGCCGGCUACGCGCUGGCCGUCCUCGCCACGAUGGAGCCGGCGGCGGCGGCAGGCGCCGAGGGCCCCGCCGGCGCGCUGCGGCGCCACCGCGCCCGCGCCGCCGCCCUGGCCGAGGUCGGCCGGCUGGCGGAGGCGGCCGCGCCAGACUCGGCGGCCGCGGCGCUGGACGCGGCGCUGCGCGCGCGGGACGACCCCGCGCUGAGAGCGGAGCUGCGCGCGAUGCGCGAGGCCGCGCGGGCCGAGAAGGCGGAGGCGGGCCUGCGCGGCGCCAUCGCCGAGAUGAGGGCGGGGGGCUCCGACGCUCGCGCGGCGGCGCUGCGGACCGCGCACGAGGCGGCCGCCAGGGCGGGCCGCGCGCCGAAGCUGCGCGUGGAGGCCCAGCUGCUGCUGGACCAGUGGCACGAGCAGGAGCGCCGCAGCCAGAGGGAGGAGCGCCUCCUGGAGAGGCUCCACAGGCAGCUCUCCGAGGCAGCCGGGCUGACGGCGCCAGCGUCCAAGGCCUCCGCGGCGCCGAGUUCCUGCGGCGGCUCCCUCGGCGGCUCGCGGCCCCCGUCGCCCGGGCCGGCCGGCGCGGCGCGCGCGGCGCAGAAGCAG